AUGAUUUCUUCUCCACCUCUUACUCCCACACUACAUAUUCCCGAUUCUGUUCACCCACCAAUUCCAGGGGAGAGCCACCGUUAUUAUGGCAAUAUUCAUAAAAAUCAGGUAAAACUCCCCUCUAAUAUUCAGACUUCUCAACCUUCUCGAUCAGACAUUGAUGGUUCUGUGGAAAAUGAUCUGGAUAUUCAUGAAGCAACUGCCGCUGGAAAUAUGGCUAGAGUUAAGGAAUUACUAGCUCCUCAUGGUUCCGGUGAAACUACCUCUUCCUUUUUACUUGCUAACGGUGCAAGCACAUCUUCUGGUUUAACCCCGCUACAUUAUGCUGCCUCUCGUGGUCACCUAGAAAUCGUAAAGUGGUUAAUUGCCGAUGCCGGUGCUAUAGUAGAUCUUGAAGACCAAACCGGUGAGACAGCUCUUCUGAAAGCAGCUUACAAUGGACGUGUCGAUGUUGUAGCUUGGCUUUUACGAAUGCAAGCUAAUAUUGAACAGAAAGAUAACGAUGGAUGGACUGCUUUACAUAAUGCUUCUGCCCAAGGUCACUUGCAUAUUGUUAAACAUUUACUAGAGAUUGCUCAUGCCGAUGUGGAUGUUAAAAGCAACAAAGGGCAUACCCCAUUAAUGAAUGCUGCAUCGAAGGGGCAUCGUGAUAUUGUCGAAUAUCUCUUGGAUCGCGGUGGUGCAAACCCUCUUAUUAAGAAUAAGUUUGGUGAAACCGCAUAUGAUGCGGCCGCUAUCUCUCAGGAAGUAUAUAUUUGCGAAUUGUUGGAAAAAGCUGAACGUGAUUGGUGGAAGGGUAAAAAACCGCUACCGCAACCAUCUUCUUUCAACGAUCUUGCACAUAUACCAGAUACGAAUCAGCCAUAUGAUCUUUAUUCAUUUCACAUUACAAUACCUGUUGUUCUUCAUGAAAAUCAACGAUCAUCAUCAUCAUUUGGUCUAUCUAUUCGUGGCCCAUCAAAAUAUUCAGCAAAUAGCCUUUUAAAAAGUGACAUUCGUGGUCCUUGGUCUGAGCAUCCUAGUGGGAAACCUCAAUCUAAGGAAAGCGUUCGUCUUCCUGCAGGGAUAACAUCAUCAUCUGUUUCAGUUCUUUCAAAUGCAACUUCAUCAAAGUCUUCUCAGAAACCCUGGUUUUGGGUCACCGAUUGGCAAAUUGAUUUUACUCAUCCACGUGUGGACUCGCAAGGAUGGCAAUACUCUAAAAGUUUCGAUGACCCUGAUGGAAUGUGGACUGCAACAACACAAUCAAACAGUGGUAGUUGGGUCCGAAGAAGGAGAUGGGUUCGUGUUAUGAAACGUCGUAUGGAUCUUACUGAGAAUGGAUUACAACUUAUUUCAAAUGAAAAUGAUACACCGGACUAUAUUGAGAGGGCUGAAUCUAUUGUUAAAAAAAAUUCUGAUAAUAAUAGUAAAGGAAAGGCUGUUGACCUUUCAUUCUCUGAACAAUUAGCGAAGUAUAAAGAAGCAAUCGAAAUUUUGUCAUCAGGAAUUAAAAUCGAUGAAAAUGCACGACGAAAACAAGAAGCCAUAUCGCUAGUUAGCACUUUUAUGCAGCAUGCUGAAUAUUUAGAAAAUAUGGUAAAGGGAAAUGAUGUCACUCCGCGAAGUCCAAGUCUCCAUGAUGUACCGAUGACUCCAAAUUUGUCAAAGUCCCCUUCUCCCAUUCUUCCAUUUAGAUUAGAUUUAUCGUCCAACAUCCCGAAAACAACUGAUACGGGAAUAAUUACCAACCAUAGAGCACCAUCAACAGUAAGCGUUGAUGUGAUUGAAGAUCCAUGGAAAAAUGCUUUUCCAAGUGAAGAUGUUGGUAAUACUCAACCAUCAAUUUAUGAGAAUCAAAUAGUAUCUCCAACCAGAGCACAUCCUCAAACAGGUAUCAACAUGACAAAUGCCUCCGGACAUUCAAUAUCUUCUGGUUACAAGUGGGAAAAUGAUGAAGAUGUAAAUGAAUGUCGUCAAUGUAAAGGGAGGUUUAGUAUGUUUGUUAGAAAACAUCACUGCAGACGAUGCGGUCAAGUUGUAUGCGCCAAAUGCUCCAGUGCACGAAUUGUUUUGCAACCUCAUCAGCUUCUCAUUAAUCCUUCUGGAAAUAGUGAAAUCAGUCAAACUCCUCAGCGCGUGUGUGAUGCGUGUCGUUCUUCAAUUCCUACUCCACGUCCACGGUCAAAUAGCUUCACUUCUACUUCAUUGGUUGGAGGUGCAUCAUCUGUUAGUAACAGCAGACGUAUGAGUAGUAGUUCAACCAUGACUGAAUGCCCUGCUUGUAACAUGACGUUAAGCAAAGUUGGAGGAAAGAAUGCCCAAGAAGAACACGUCCAGCAAUGUUUAGACAAGAAUGGAAAUAGCGUUAGCGGUUAUAAAUAUGUGGAUGUUAAAACACUCAAACCUAAACUUUUUAACAUGGAUCCUCUUGCGAGAAAAGCAGUUAAUUUGAAUGUUUUGCGUCGACACGAUGAGAACAUUGCCGAAAUCAUUGAUAGUUCAAGUUACGUCGUUGUAUAUAAAUUUGAUCACGAUCAAUCUGCAUGGCCUGCGUAUGGCUUUAUUAUUAUGAAUCGGUUAGGCAUCGAUAAUUUUAUGGCUCCUCUAACAGAUAGCAUGGAACUUGAAUUUAAAGACGAAUAUAUCAUAUAUCGCACAGACGAUGAUAAUAUUCAUGGUAUUUGGGUAUAUGAAGCAAAAGAUAGGGAGCGAAUAAGAAAGCAAUUGUGGGAAUGUCGUGAGUUAUCAAAGACAGUCAGCACGUCGCUACAGAUAGAACAAUCUUCAAUCACACAAACAACUAAUUCAAAUUCUUAUGGAAAACCAAUCGAUAUCGUGGAUCUUCUAAAACGGGCUGAGAUUAAACAAGUAAAUGGAAUAACGUCACCCAAGCGAAAUGUACAAUCUGAUAUUCACUCACAUAAAAAUGUAAUUGGCGAGUUAUUUCAGAAUAUUAAUCAUGCUGAUUCUUUAAUACAUACGUCAAUACCUGCUACACCUGCAACGUCGAAUCAAUCUCUUGAUGGAAAAUUGCUUCUAGAUUUACUUCGCCAGCCAACUAAUAACUCUUCAACAGGAAUAGCAUCAAAUUCAUAUAUCUCUUCAAAUUCCUUACCACAACCGAUGUCAUUACCGGGAGAAACCACAUCUCAUGAUCAUUAUAUGAGGAACUCAGGUCCACCGUUUGUUAAGUCUGGUCAAAGCACAUCAACGCCCGCAUUAUUAACAAACACAUUAAACCAUAUGCCGGUCACGUCAACGACUUCGUAUGGAGAGAAUAAUCAAGGUUUACAACGUACACAGGUUCUCGAUGCUUCCAUUGCUUCUCUUUCCGAAUUUCUGGAUAGAUAUGAUCAACGCGGAAAUCGCGCACAAAAGAUAAUGAGCAAACCUGAAUUUACCCAAAGAUACUUAUAUUUAAUUCAGUCUGACACUUCAUUUAUGGAUAUUCUCUACCAGAAUUACGUGGUUAAAACUCAAGAGAAUAUGUAUAAUGGAUCAUAA